AUAAAAAAAAGGAAAUUGUCCAUCUCUCGCCUCUUCGUCCUCCUCUUCUACUUCUUCUUCUCCAAGCCUCCACCGCUCCUCCAUUCACAGGCCACCGUACCGGCGUUAGGGUUUCGGGUGGCUCCGUCGCGCUCCACCAGCUCCAUAGAAUCUGCAGAGUUCCGUUCGCUGGUUAAAUGGCCAAGUCUUCAACCGGGAAUGCCGGCCCUGGUGGUAGGACUGGAGUCCGGAUUGUGGUCGCGGGUGACCGUGGGACUGGGAAGUCGAGCUUGAUCUGUACUGCAGCGACCGAGAAUUUCCCCACGAAUGUUCCCCCUGUCCUGCCACCGACUCGCUUGCCUGAGGAUUUCUAUCCGGAUCGUGUGCCCAUUACAAUCAUCGACACCUCUUCCAGAGUGGAGGACAGUGUUAAGUUGGGGGAGGAACUGAGACGGGCGGAUGCAGUUGUGCUCACAUAUGCAUGUGACCAACCUGCAACACUGGAACGAUUGAGUGGUUUUUGGCUUCCGGAACUUCGUAGAUUGGAGGUGAAGGUACCAGUUAUAGUGGUGGGUUGCAAACUAGAUUUACGAGAUGAACUUCAGCAAAUUAGCUUGGAAUCGGUGAUGUCUCCCAUAAUGCAGAAUUUUCGGGAGAUUGAAACUUGCAUUGAGUGUUCAGCUGCCAGACAAAUUCAGAUUCCUGAGGUUUUCUACUAUGCCCAAAAGGCAGUACUUCAUCCCACUGGCCCACUGUUCGAUCAGGAGUCACAAACUUUGAAGCCUCGUUGUGUCCGAGCUCUGAAGCGGAUCUUUAUUAUUUGCGAUCAAGAUAAAGACGGCGCGCUCAGUGAUGAAGAGUUAAAUGCAUUUCAGGUCAAAUGCUUCAAUGCGCCUCUACAGCCAUCUGAAAUAGUGGGUGUCAAGAGGGUGGUGCAAGAGAAACUACCUCAAGGAGUCAAUGAACGUGGGCUUACAUUGACAGGUUUCCUGUUUCUCCAUGCAUUAUUCAUUGAAAAGGGGCGCCUUGAGACAACAUGGACUGUUCUAAGGAAGUUCGGUUAUGAUAAUGAUAUCAAACUAUCUGAAGAUCUAAUCCCUUCUUCUUCUUAUAGACGGGGUCCUGAUCAGAGUGUGGAGCUGACAAAUGAUGCCAUCGAUUUUCUCAAGGGGAUCUUUGAGUUAUUUGAUGGUGACAAUGAUGGGGCUCUGAGACCCCAGGAAAUUGAGGAUAUUUUCUCCACUGCGCCUGAAUGCCCCUGGAAUGAAGCGCCAUAUAAAGAUGCUGCAGAAAAGACUGCCCUGGGAGGACUAUCGCUUGAUGAGUUCUUGUCUUUGUGGGCCCUUAUGACAUUGUUGGAACCCGCUCGGACCCUUGCGAAUCUUGUAUACCUUGGAUAUGUUGAUAUACCUGGUGCUGUACACGUGACUAAGUCAAGACGCCAUAAUCGCAAGAAGCAACAAACUGAUAGAAAUGUUUUCCAGUGUUUGGUUUUUGGGCCUAAAAAAGCUGGAAAAUCUGCACUAUUGAACUCUUUUCUGGGAAGGCCCUUUUCUGAUACUUACAGUUCGACGACUGAUGAGCGGUAUGCUGUGAAUGUCGUUGAACAACCUAUGGGAAACAAGAAAACACUGGUGUUGCGAGAAAUUCCAGAAGAUAAAGCCAGAAGGUUGCUCUCCAGUAGGGAGUCACUGGCUGCCUGUGACAUUGCAAUUUUUUUGCAUGAUAGUUCUGAUGAAUCUUCAUGGAAGAGGGCUACUGAGUUACUUGUAGAAGUUGCAAGUCAUGGCGAGAUUACUGGUUUUGAAGUGCCUUGCCUCAUAAUUGCAGCUAAAGACGAUCUAGAUCCUUUCCCAAUGGCCAUACAAGACUCUACCCGGGUCAGUCAGGACAUGGGAAUAGAGGCUCCCAUACCCAUAAGUACGAGGUUGGGUGACUUUAACAAUGUAUUCCGUAGAAUUGUUAGUGCAGCAGAGCAUCCUCAUUUGAGUAUCCCGGAAACUGAGACUGGGAGAAGCCGUAAACAAUACCACAGGCUUGUCAAUCGAUCUCUUAUGUUUGUUUCAGUUGGGGCUGCUGUAGCCAUUGUUGGAUUGGCAGCUUACCGUGUCUAUGCUGCUCGGAAGAACUCCUCGAGCUGAGAGCAUCGAGUGCCUCCUUGCCGUUGGAGUAGUUAGCUGUGAUAAGGGCCAGGUGGUUCCCGUCUUCGAAGCAUGUCUCUUGCCCUAUAUAGUUGGGCUCCCCGAUAUAAGUGACUCUUGAAAGUUAUGCACUUAUUCCUGUCAACCAAUCUUUUGAUUUUACUUUUUCGGCGUCUUUUUUAUCUGCAGUUAGAUUUCAGUAGGAUGUUAGAUGGGGUUGGAGUUAAAUGUCACCUCGGGAAAGUGGAACGAGUUGGUGUUGUGCAGGACUUUGUGCAAUAAAAGAAAAUUUUGUUAGAUUUU